AUGGAACCAAAGCUGGACAAAGUCUACAGUCCAGGUCAGGAAGAUGACAAUAUCUCCUCCGCCGAAGGCAAACUCGAAGCCCUAUCCGACUUGGGAAUCCGAAGGCGCCUAAUGCCCGAGAGCCUCCAAGAUCUUCCUUCAGACGAAUUGGAAGCUCUCAACAAAAACCUUGUUCGAAAACUUGACUUUUUCAUCCUGCCCGUGAUUGGCAUCUUGUAUAUCUUGAACUAUAUUGAUCGUCAAAACCUGUCCGCGGCAAAAUUGCAGGGAAUCACGGAAGAUCUAAACAUGACUACUCAACAGUUCGCGACCGCUGUGUCCAUCCUGUUUGUCGGCUAUCUCCCAUUCCAAAUUCCGAGUAACCUGAUCAUAACCAAAAUCUCUCGACCGGGACUGUACAUCUGUUUCGCAGUCUCCAUUUGGGGUGCAAUCUCUGCUGCCACCGCAGCAGUCAAGACAUAUGGACAGCUUCUCGCCGUGCGAGCCAUACUCGGCAUAGCGGAGGCGGUCUUCUUCCCCGGCGCAAUUUAUUAUUUAUCUGCAUGGUACACAAAGGGCGAAUUGGGUAAACGUAUUGCAGGGCUGUACAUUGCUCAGCAAGUUGGAAACGCAUUUGGCGGCCUGUUCGCUGCUGGCAUAAUGCAAUUGGAUGGCACGCAUGGGAUUCGUGGUUGGCAAUGGCUUUUCAUCAUUGAGGGCAGUGCCACCGUCGGAAUUGGAGUCAUCUGUGCCUGUAUCAUGCCCGAAUUUCCACACAACAGUCGCAUGCUGUCCCCGAUACAGCGAGACCUGGCCGUAUGGCGCAUCGAGUCCGAAGCCGGAACCGCCGAAGCCGGAGAAUGGAAAAACACAUUCUCGAUUGUCUUCCAAGCGUUAUCAGACCCAAAACUUUUGCUGAUGAUAUUUUGCAACAUGCUUUCCCAAGCCCAGGGCUCAAUCGCAAACUAUUUUCCGACACUCAUCCAUUCACUCAAUUACUCGAGCACAGUCAGUCUGCUCCUUACUGCUCCACCAUACAUCCUCGCCGGAAUCGUGUAUUAUGGGAUUAUGUUUUGGUCUGAUCGACGAAAUACAUGCUAUAAUCUGAUCGUCAGCUGCAUCUCAAUCGCAAUCGCCAUGUACAUAAUUCCCAUGGCAACCACGAACGUGGGCGCGCGAUAUUUCUCCAUGAUGAUCCUCCCCUUUGCUUCUGUCGGUCCCCAAUUACUUCUCUACAAAACAAUUAACGUCCACUUGGCACGACCCAUCUCCAAAAGAGCAGUGGCGUCUGCUCUCGUUAAUGCCAUUGGCGGAACGUCAAAUAUAUGGGCUUCGUACCUGUAUUACCGAGCACCCCAUUUCUAUGCUGCGUUCGGUACGUUGAUGGGUUGUGCGUUCUUGUUUGCGGCUACGAUUACGUUUUAUAGGUGGUUGGUUUUGAGGGAGAAUAGGCGACUUGAUUCGGGAGACCAGGAUCAGAUUGCUAAAGUUAUGAAGGGGGGCGUGACGGAGGAGAUGGUUCAGCUUAAUUGGCGAUAUGAGAUCGCCGGCUCCUCUAUACUAGGUGUCAGCUAUACGGAGUUGAGCAUGGACUGCGAAAUUACCAUGAAAAUCCGCGAUGAGGCCCUCCGCAAGGAGAUACAUAAAAUGCAGCCUGCGGAUAUUGUGAAGCGUGCCGAACGAGCUAGGGCCCAAGCAGCGAAGGGCACUCUAAGCCUACCUCUAGCCGGUCAUGAAAAUGGGGAAAUGGAGACCAGUGGUGAAGGAGUCACUAGGCCCAAGUUGAGCCAGAUCGGCCUAAAAAUCCUAAGUGGGCGCAGCUGGUCUACGUUAUCAACCCUCGACCUCACCACUUACACCACAAGCCCAAUCCCGGCGUUACGUAUUUUUUUCCGGGACCUACGCUACUUGACCGCGGCCCGUGAUGUGAUGAAGCAGCUGUAUGAACCUCCCGGGAAUGUCAAAACGACGGUCGAUGAGUGUGUAGCCGCUUGUUCAGAUCGAUCAGCUAAUAAUGCCCAAGACCGUCAGAAGACUCGCCACGGUCUGUGGGAGCUCUGACGAUUCAGUAUGCAGUACGGAUUGGAGAUGACG